CUUCGACGACUUUGUUUACUCGAAUCAGCUGACUCUUCCUCCUCGGACGCCAAAGGAAGGAGCCAAAGAUGGGGAGUUUGUUUUCUAAAAAGCCUCAGAGCAAAGUCACGGAGCAGGACAGGGCUGUGUUGCAAUUGAAAUCAACGAGAGAUAAGAUCCGGCAGUACCAGAAAAGAUCAGAGACAACCCUCGAGAAGGACAGACAGCUCGCCAAACAGCUCUUGCAAAAUGGGAAGAAAGAUCGGGCCAAGCUUCUGCUGCGGAAGAAACGCUUCAUCGAGGAGCAACUCACAAAGACAGAUGGAACGCUUGAAAAUAUUGAAAAGAUGAUACAGGACAUUGAAUUUGCUCAGAUUGAAAUGAAGGUUGUCGACAGUCUGAAGGUAGGAAAUGAAGCCCUGAAACAGAUCAACGAAAUGCUCAGUAUUGAAGAUGUGGAGCGCAUCCUUGACGAAACACAGGAGGCAGCAGAGAAACAGAGGGAAAUUGACGCGCUGCUCAGUGGAGGCAUACUGACAGAUGAGGAUGAAUCUGCAGUCGAGGAGGAGCUUGACGCCCUCAUUGCUGCCGCUGUUGAGAAGCAACUGCCCGAGGCUCCCACGGCAGCGGAAAACCCAGAGGUCGAACUUCCAGAUGUUCCAGAGACUCUUCCAGAGCCUGCCAAGGAGAAAGUCAAGACCAAGGAAAGGGUUGCCAUACCUGCCUCAUAAUCCAGUGCCGUACAUGUCGCAAGGAUUCCGAGGAAAGGGUAUUGGUUUGGGUUUCAAGAAAAGGCUACAGGCAUGUGUGGAAAUGUGGGAAUUUAAGAGCCUUAUUCAUCUUCAAUUUCCACCUUUGUCCAGUCUCUACGUGUAUGGAAUGGUAUUUGUAACAAACAUCGGAAAUGGAAAAUCAUCAUGGUGCAAUGUAUUUUUUUUUCUUUCUUUCUUUCUUUCUUUUUUUUCUUUUCUUUUUUUUCUUAAAGUAAAAAAAAUAAUAAAUCAUGAUUCGUACUACAUGUUGUCCAUUUAGAUAGUUGUGUAAUAGAGAUUUUUAUAUGUAUCUUUGAUUAAUGUGAAUUAGUUAUCUCAGUUUUAUUUAUGCUCAGUUAAGAUGUGGUUUCAGUUGACUUUUUUAUGAGAAACAUGAUUCCAGUAUCUCAAGGGAAAAUAUAAGGAAAAACACUGUUAACUUAUUAAUUAUGUAUGAUGUUUCUUGAUCUCUGUAUCAUAAAUCUAAUUAAUGCAUUUCUUUGGUAUAAUUAAUCGCCGGUACUAUGGUUUCUUGUUGUGCAGUUGCAAGCUUUAACCCCCCCCCUCCCCUAGCUACAAUUGCAAGAAAUGCACUGAUAUAACCAUUAUGUAACACAGCUUGUAAUGAGAAAGGUGCAGUGACCAUAUUCAAAUUGAAUGCCUUUUAUACCUCUGUUUAAGGAGAAAAUUUUGCCUUUUUUCUGCCUCAGAAACUAGGUUAAAAAGAAGUACUAGUUAUAUUAAGUUUAGCAGGCAGGAUGUGAAAUUUAAGAAACAUGCAUAUUUUACUAAAUGUUCUUCAAAUAAAAAAGAAUUCACAUGUAUGCUACCAUUAUAUGUCCAUUGUCAAUGGUUGUAUCUAGUCGCCAUAUAUUCAAAACAGAAAAAAAAAUAUAUAAAUGUACUGAAUGUUUUAUACUUUGCCUUAUUAUAAAACUUUCUCUUGAUAAAUAGAUAUGAUAUAUUUGUAUGAGGUACACGAAAAUAAAAAAAAAGCUGAAACA